AUGAAGUGGAUCCUCGUAGGAUUAGCUCUUCUCCAAAUCGCUCUUGAAGUCAAUGCUCAACGAGGUGGUGUAACUACGGUGUUCUACGAAGAAUUGAAUAUGAUGAGAGCACAACAAGCAGAAAAACUACACAUCGCGAACAUGAAUUUCAUAGAGUACGAUUCGAGUUUGGAAGACGUUCUGAUAGAAGAAGUUGAGAGAUUCAAUGGUUGUCCCAAUUCGAUUAUCUUCCACAAGGGCGGUCUUGAAUUCUUUUUCGAUACAAUGGGCAACUACAGUAUGCAUUAUAAACUGCUCACUGAACCGGGGCUCACAAGAGUCGCUUCGUACUCAACGGAUUGCGGUAGAGAAGAAAAGGUUUUCAAUUAUGUUGUAGACUAUUCUUCCACACCAAUCAUCCAUGGACCACCGGGGUCUCAAUGUCCAGAGGGAAAUGGAAAUGGAAAGUUGUGCCGAAAACCAUCUCUUCCAGCUCAUGCUCGUCAAAUUAGCAAUGAAUAUGAUCCGAUCAACAGCCGUCGUCUCUCAAAGUACCAACGGAAAGGAAUUGUGGCUGAUUUGUGGAAAUGGCACCAAGAGGAGGAAAAGAAAAAGCAGAUUGCAAGAGCGAAAUUUUUGGCAGUAAAAGAAGUUGCCCAAAAACUCAGCAAAGAAGCCCAAAAAAUCGCCAAAAAAGUUGUGGAAGAAGUGAAACGCAAGGAGCUAGAGCGUAAGGAAAAAGAGAGAGAACUCGCUAAACAAGCUGAAUAG